AUGACCGUCGCAAACGACGAACUCAUUGCCUCCAACGUAUCCGUCGAACAGUGUAAACGCGCUGUUGAUGCCCUCCUCAAGCAUGUCCACGCCUACGAGAAAAAGCGGGAAGAACACGAACUGAUACCCGGCAAGGAGCAGAACGUAUGGCUUCAGAUCACGGUCAAGCAAAUGCAACCGGAGAAGAAGCUUAAACCGGUCAAGAUACCCCUCAAACACCCCCUCGUCGACCCGCGCACAACGAACAUCUGUCUCAUCGUCAAGGAUCCCCAGCGCGAAUACAAGGACUUAUUGGCAACGCACAACAUCAAGUUCAUCUCUCGUGUCGUUGGAAUCGAAAAGCUCAAGGGCAAGUUCAAGCCUUUCGAGGCCAGGCGGUUAUUGCUGCAGGAGAACGGGCUUUUCCUCGCAGAUGAGCGAGUCAUACCUCUACUCCCGAAGCUUCUGGGCGGGAUGUUCUUUAAGGCGAAGAAGCAGCCAAUUCCCGUGUGCAUGACACGGAAAGACCUAAAAGGCGAAUUGGAACGCGCGGUAUCGUCUACGUAUAUGCACCCAAACCAGGGAACAUGUCUUUCGGUUAAGGUUGGCUUGGCGUCUCAGACACAAGCUCAGAUCAUGGCGAACAUACAACUCGCGCUCCCGGCGAUAGUCAAGCACAUCAAGGGCGAAUGGGAAAAUAUUCAAAGCGUUCUCGUGAAGACGAACCAAAGCGCGGCUCUGCCUGUCUGGACCUGCAAUCUCGAGGACCGAUGGUUAGGAGGCGUUGCGAAGAAGCCUGAGGUUGAGAGCUCCUCGGAGGGCGAGGCGGAGAAUACUGAUGAGGAUGGGGACGGGGAUGAGGACGAGGAAAUGGAGGAAGCGCCGCCAUCUCCCCCGAAAGGCAAGGAGAAAGGCAAAAAGCGGGCCCUGGAGUCAGAUAGCGAUGGGGCGACCAAGAAGAAGGCCAAGAAGGCGAUAUCAUCGGCGUCUACUCCAUCAUCUACGACUACCGCCACAGAGCCUCCAGUGUCCUCUGCCAAGCCUAAAUCCAAGAAGUCGACCAUCACCGCCACCUCAGAUGGUGCGGCACCGGCAACGAAAUCCGCCAGCGCCUCAUCCUCAAAAUCGUCCGCGAAGGUCGCAACUGCCAAAUCCUCUCAUGACUCAGCGUUCAAGAAGACGAGCAAGUCCGCGGUGUCUGAUGUUGCAUCUAAAUCCUCCAGCGAGGCGGCACCCAAGAAGGCUAAGAAGGUCGUCAUCUCCGAUGCUGACGAGGCCUCGUCCUCGCCGCCGAAAUCGAAGAGUCCUCGUGCCCUUGCGGCGGAUCUCUUCGACGACGAAGAGUCAUCUUCUGCGACAAAGGCGGAGCCUACUCGCGAAGGCAAGGCUAAGCAGAAGCAGAAGGCUACCACCGGUCCCGACUCCACAUCUGCAACGACGAAGACCAACAAAUUGGCAUCACAGUCGGAAAAGCCUGCAAAGGCGGCGAAGGGGGCGAUUACUCCGGCCGUUUCUAGUACCGCGGAGAAACCCAUCAAGAAACGGAGCGCGGACGCCUCGAGCGAGAAGAAGAAGCAGAAGGUCGUUCAGGGUGGAUCCAAGGUAGGGAAAGACGUGAAGAACAAGUUAUUAGGGCUGAGCAAAGGAAAGAAAGUCUGAAGUCUCCAGCUCGUUCGUUUCGUAUGAUUCUUCUGGUCUUCGGUUGUUUUGUACGGUCUUUACCGGCCAUCUCACGUUGCUAUUAACAUUGAUUCUUUCCG